GUGAGAUCGGGGUCCAGCUCAGCCUGUACGCAGGGCCGCGGAGCCACAGGGCCGGGCACGUCCGGGCGGCCUUUGCGGGCCUGGAGCGGUGGGAUGCCAGGGCCAGGAACUGGUGCCUGCCUGGCAGAACAAGGACAGCGAGUGCCUGGGGAGGCCCGGGGUGGUCAGGGAUGCGCAGGGAGAGGCCAAGGAGAAGGGAGACUGUGAGUGAGGGUGUGGGCAGAAAUGUGAGGGUCCCUGGGGCUUUGGAGCCAGAGCCAUAGACAUUCCAGAUAUUCCUCCUGUGAUGGCCUUGGGCAGUGUUAGCAGUUAACAUUGCUCAGCAUUUGCACCUGCCUUGCCUGGGACCAGGAGCUUUUGAUACAUCAGUUUUUCAAACCCUCACAAAGCCCCAUGAGGUUAAACAGUGAUAUUCUCCCAUUUACUACUGGGGAAAUAAGGCCUCAGCAAAGCAAAAGUCCCUCAUAUAUCAUCCAGUGAAGAUGAGAUAACAGGCCCAGGUUAAUUAAGGUCUGCCCUGUGCUCUAACCCACUGUGUUCAACUGCCUCCUGUGCACACGUAUUUAACUUCAAGGAGCCUCAAUUUGUCCAUUUCUCAAAUGGGAAUAACACCAUUUACCUCUCAAGAUUGCCGUGAGAAUUACUGCACAUUUGUAGAGUGCCUGGCUCUCAAGAGGUGCUUUUUAAAAAAAAUGUUGCCCCAUGGUGAUAGGAAACAGAUUGUGAGGUCAGUGGAGAGGGCCUGGGGAGAGGAGGCAGAGGAAUGCACUCUGAAAUGUGGAGACAAAAGUGUCUGGCCCAGGGUCUCCUCCUGGCCCUGCCAGGCUCCCCUGACUGCCUCUCUCUGCUGCUUCUUGCUGGCCCUGCCCAGGGUGGACUCCAUUAUGCUAGUGGAAGAGGGCUUCAGCGUGACAAGUGUGGAUGCCAGUGACAAGAUGCUGAAGUAUGCGCUUAAGGAGCGCUGGAACCGGCGGCAUGAGUCUGCCUUCGACAAGUGGGUCAUCGAAGAAGCCAAUUGGAUGACUCUGGACAAAGAUGUGCCCCAGCCAGCAGGGGGUGGCUUUGAUGCUGUCAUCUGUCUUGGAAACAGUUUCGCUCACUUGCCAGACUGCAAAGGGGACCAGAGUGAGCACCGGCUGGCGCUGAAAAACAUUGCGAGCAUGGUGCGGGCAGGGGGCCUGCUGGUCAUUGAUCAUCGCAACUACGACCACAUCCUCAGCACAGGCUGUGCACCCCCAGGGAAGAACAUCUACUAUAAGAGUGACUUGACCAAGGACAUCACAACGUCAGUGCUGACAGUGAACAACAAGGCCCACAUGGUGACCCUGGACUACACAGUGCAAGUGCCGGGGGCUGGCCAGGAUGGCUCUCCUGGCUUGAGUAAGUUCCGGCUCUCCUACUACCCGCAUUGUCUGGCAUCCUUCACGGAGUUGGUCCAAGCAGCCUUCGGGGGCAAGUGCCAGCACAGCGUCUUGGGUGACUUCAAGCCUUACAAGCCAGGCCAAGCCUACGUUCCCUGCUACUUCAUCCACGUGCUCAAGAGGACAGACUGAGUGUGGCCUCGGCUCCCACAAGCCUCUAACCAAGCACUGCUAGGCUCUUUCUGGAAGAUGGGGACCAGCAGCCACACACCAGCCCCAGCCUCUAUAGCAGACUACAGAUGGAGUGCAGGGAUGUGGGUUCCGCAGACGGAGGGGUCAACAAUAUAGUAUGUGCCUUUUUCA